GGGCGGGGAAAAGGCGCUUUAUAGCUGCGGGCCGGCGGGAGUCCGGGAAGCGCAGCACAUAGCGGCUACAGGCGGGAGAACCUGGAGCCUGCGCCCCGGGCCCUGAGUGCCACACGCGCCCAGUCCAGUGGGCUUCCAGCAAAGCCACCCUCCAGUGCGCCCGUCCAGCGCGCGCAGUGCCGCAUCGCACUCUGCUUGCGCGCGCGCUACUCCCCAGCGCAUCGGGGACUUGCUGGUGGCCAAGGGCAGCCCAGAGUGGGAGACUUCAAGAAAAAGGCUUUUCAGAAAUAAAGUGUGCGGUGCUGAUCUCACACCAAGAACAUGCUCCUGUUUUUCCUCCUCAUCAUAGCUUGUGCCAGAGUGUCUGUGAACCAGGAUGCCGGUCCUGAGUUUGCUGAUGUUGUGUUCCUGGUGGAUAGCUCUGACCAUGUGGGGAGCAAGUCCUUCCCCUUUGUGAGAACCUUUAUAAGCAAAACGAUCAACAGUCUUCCAGUGGAGGCCAGAAAAUUCCGUAUUGCCCUUGCUCAGUAUAGCGAUGAUCUACACCAGGAGUUCCUGCUGAGCCCCUUCAUGACCAAGAACGCCAUAUUGAACCACCUCAAGAGGAACUUCACCUACAUGGGGGGAUCUUUGCGAAUAGGCAAUGCUCUUGAGAAGGUCCACAAGACCUACUUCUCAGGCCCAAUGAAUGGAAGAGACAAGAAUCAGUUCCCACAGGUUCUGGUAGUCUUGACUUCAGCCCACUCUGAGGAUGAUGUGGAAGGACCAGCAAAGGCUUUGCAGAGAGACGGGGUGAAAAUCAUCACAUUGGGGAUGCAAAAUGCUUCAGAAGAAAAUCUAAAAACGAUGGCCACGGCUCAGUUUCAUUACAACCUUAGAACAGUGAGAGAUGUGGGCACAUUUUCUACAAAUAUGACCAGCAUCAUAAAGGAGGUGGCAAAGUAUAAGGCAGGAGCAGAUGAUGCUGAUGUGGAAGAAGUUUGUCACGGUACUUCUGUGGCUGAUGUCGUAUUCCUCCUGGACGAAUAUGUCAACGGCACCCAGGAAAACUUGGAACAUCUUAAAGGAUUCCUAGAAGAGAGUGUGUCUUCUUUUGAUGUGAAAGAGAACUGUAUGAGGAUUGGUCUGGUGACCUACACCGAUGAGACAAAGGUGAUACAUUCCCUGAGCACAGGGACCAACAAGUCGGAGGUUCUGCAAGAGAUUCAGAAGCUGUCUCCCAAAGCUGGGAGAGCCUACACUGGAGCUGCCAUGACAAAGGUCAGGAAGGAAGUCUUCAGCGUCCAGAAAGGCAGCCGGAGGAUGCAGGGGGUCCCCCAGAUAGCCAUUCUGGUUGCUCAUAGACCAUCAGAAGAUAACGUCUCUGAAGCAGCACUUGACCUUCGGCGUGAGGGUGUAACUGUGUUCACUGUGGGCUUAGAAGGCUCUGAUGAUACCCAGUUGGGACAGAUAUCAUCUCAUCCUCCAGAAAAGUAUCUUUCCAAACUGAAAACAUUUUCAGAACUGGCAGCCCAUAAUCAGACAUUUCAGAAGAAACUCAGAGGUGAAAUACAGCAUAAGGUAUCCGUCCUAUCAGAACAGACUGAACACCUCAAAGCUGGUUGUGUAGAAACUGAAGAAGCCGACAUCUAUUUACUCAUCGAUGGCUCAGGAAGUAUCUACCCAACAGACUUCCAAGAAAUGAAAGCAUUUCUGUCAGAAGUGAUAGAAAUGUUCACCAUAGCACCCUAUAAAGUCAGAGUUGGAGCUGUUCAGUAUUCACACAUUCAGGAACUGGAAUUUGAGAUUAACAAAUACUCAAACAAAAACGAUUUGGGAAAGGCUAUUGACAACAUCUGGCAGUUGGGCGGCAACACCAAUACAGGUGCAGCGCUGGAUUUCACUCUUGGGCUUCUACAAAGAGCAAAGACUCAGAGAGGGAACAAAGUGCCAUGUCACCUGAUUGUACUGACAGAUGGAAUGUCGGAUGACAAUGUCUUGGAGCCUGCCAAAAAACUCAAGGAUGAGAAUAUCAAUGUGUAUGCCAUUGGCGUCAAGGAAGCAAACCGAACCCAGUUGCUAGAAAUUGCAGGAACUGAAAAGAGAGUUUAUUAUGUGUAUAACUUUGAUUCUUUGAAAGACAUAAAAAAUCAAGUUGUUCAAGGAAUCUGUUCCAAAGAAGCUUGUAAAGACGUGAAAGCUGAUGUCAUGUUUCUGGUGGAUAGUUCUAGAAGCAUAGGACUUGAAAAUUUUGGGAAAAUGAAAACAUUUAUGAAAAACCUGGUGAACAAGUCUCAGAUUGGAGAAGACCAAGUACAAGUUGGCAUUGUCCAAUUCAGUGACGUGAACAAAGAAGAAUUUCAGCUCAAUAGGUAUUGGACCCAACAUGAAAUUUUUGAUGCGAUAGACAGAAUGUCUAACAUAGACAGGGAGACCCUGACGGGAAGUGCCCUGAAGUUUGUGUCUGACUAUUUCCAUCCCUCCAAGGGGGCACGUCCCGGUGUCAGAAAGUUUCUCAUCCUCAUCACAGAUGGAGAAUCACAGGAUCCAGUCAAGGACCCAGCUAUGGCUCUUCGGCAAGAUGGCGUAAUUAUCUACUCCGUGGGAGUGUAUGGCGCAAAUGAAACCCAACUAGUGGAAAUCAGUGGGAAACCUGAAAUGAUUUUUUAUGUUGAGACUUUUGAUAUUCUUAAGCACAUAGAAGAUGACCUCGUUUUUGGCAUAUGUAACCCCCGGGAAGAAUGCAAACAGAUAGAAGUUUUAGACAUAGUGUUUGUCAUUGAUAGCUCUGGCAGUAUAGACUACAAUGAAUACAACAUUAUGAAAGAGUUCAUGAUCAAGCUGGUGAAAAAAGCUGAUGUUGCCAAGGACCGAGUUCGGUUUGGAGCCUUAAAAUACUCCUAUGAUCCUACGAUUCUUUUUUAUCUCGAUGAGUUUGACACUAGGUCCAAAGUCAUUUCACUUCUCCAGAAUGAUUCCCCAAAAGGAGGAGAUACAUACACAGCCAAAGCCCUUGCCUUCUCAGAGCACAUGUUCACUGAGGCACGGGGCAGCCGCAUAAACCAAAAAGUGCCCCAGGUCCUCAUCGUGAUCACAGAUGGCGAAUCCCACGACGCCAACCAACUCAAUGCUACAGCCAAAGCUUUAAGGGACAAAGGCAUUCUCAUCCUGGCCGUAGGAAUUGCAGGAGCGAAUACUGAAGAACUUUUGGCAAUGGCAGGUUCAACUGACAAGUAUUUCUUUGUGGAGACUUUUGGGGGCCUGAAGGGAAUCUUCCAAAAUGUGUCAGACAGUAUUUGUGGUCCUUCCAAAGUAGAAUGUAAAAUGGAAAAGGCAGAUCUUGUUUUCCUCCUUGAUGGUUCUAAUAGCAUAUAUCCAGAAAACUUCAAGAAGAUGAAGGAUUUUCUAGUGUCCGUAGUGGAUGAUUUUGACAUCGGACCUAGCAGAGUGCACAUCGGACUGGCUCAGUUCAGUCAUGUCUACCGGGCUGAGUUUUUCCUGGGGUCAUUCACCAGUGAGGGGGAGGUUUCCACUCAAAUUGAAAUGACUCAACAGGUCUUUGGAAAUACCCACAUUGGUGCUGCACUGAAACAAGUGGAACAAUAUUUCCGACCAGAGAUGGGCAGCAGAAUAAAUGUGGGUAUCCAGCAAGUUUUACUGGUUCUCACUGAUGGCCAGUCCCAAGAUGAAGUGGCCAAGGCUGCCGAAGACCUGAGAAGGAAAGGAAUUGACAUAUAUUCUUUGGGCAUUGGCGACGUGGAUGAGCAGCAACUUAUUCAGAUAUCUGGAACAUCAGACAAAAAACUAACAAUCGAUAACUUUGAUGAGCUGAAAAAGAUCAAAAAAAGAAUAGUCCGCAACAUCUGCACACCACAUGGAAGAAGCAGUUGUUUUGUGGAUGUGGUUGUGGGCUUUGACAUCUCCUCUCAGAAGAAAGGACAGCCUUUAUUUGAAGGUCAGGCUUGGAUGGAGACUUAUCUUAAGGAUGUGUUACGUGCCAUCAGUUCCCUAAAUGGGGUGAGCUGUGUGGUGAAAUCCCAGACUCAGGUCAGUGUGGCCUUUCAAGUGACAAAUGCCAUGGAGAAAUUUUCCCCCAAGUUUGAGAUUUACAGUGAAGAUAUCCUGAAUACCUUGAAGGAUGUAACCAUUAAGGAACCAUCUCACCUCAAUGCACCUUUCUUGAAUUCACUUUGGGAUGCCUUUCAGAAUAAAUCUGCUACUCGAGGAAAGGUGAUACUGUUAUUUUCAGAUGGGUUGGAUGAUAACAUUGAAAAACUGGAAGAAAAAUCUGAUCAACUCCGAAAAGAAGGGCUCAACGCUCUGAUAACCAUUGCACUGGAAGAGACUUUGGAUACAAAUGAUCUGGCUGACCUUCCAUACAUUGAAUUUGGGAAAGGAUUUGAUUAUAAGACUCAGUUAACAAUUGGAAUGAGAGAUUUGGGAAGCAAACUCUCAGAAUAUCUGGCUAAUGUUGCUGAAAGAACAUGCUGCUGCCUGCUUUGCAAGUGUGCUGGGGCAGAUGGUGCCAUUGGAGAACCUGGAACGCCUGGGAAAAAGGGCCCUCCAGGUUUUAAAGGAAGCGAAGGCUAUCUAGGAGAAGAAGGUGCUUCUGGAGAAAGAGGAUCACCUGGACCAAUGGGACAAGGAGGCAUUAAAGGAUGCGAUGGGAGCAGAGGUCUCAAGGGAAACAGGGGGCUGAAUGGAGAGGAGGGAGAAGUUGGGGAGCUUGGGAUUGAUGGAAUAAAUGGAGAACAGGGUGACGGAGGCCUUUCUGGAACAAAAGGAGAAAAAGGAGAUGAAGGUUCCCAGGGCAACCCUGGGAAGAAAGGACCACCAGGUGAUGGCGGCAGAAGGGGAUUGCGAGGGGAUCCCGGCAACCCUGGAUCAGACAAUAACAGAGACGGACCCAAGGGCCCAAAAGGAGAAAGGGGGAAACAAGGUACAAGAGGACAGCUAGGAAUACCAGGAUCUCCAGGCUCCCGAGGAAACACGCCAAGGCAUGGCCGACGAGGACCGACUGGCCCACAGGGAAUAAAUGGAGCUUCUGGUAUGGAUGGCCAUGAUGGACCAUUGGGAUUAAAGGGCCCCCAGGGCCCGAGAGGAGAUGCUGGCAUGAAAGGAGAAGAAGGAAGUCUUGGAAGUAAAGGUCCCCAGGGGCCUCCAGGACCAAAUGGUGUCAAAGGGAGUCCUGGCAGCUUGGGGAUCAGAGGAAAUAAAGGAGAACUGGGACCUCCAGGAAAGAAAGGAGCACCUGGAUCAUCUGGUUAUCGUGGAAUGCCGGGAGAAGAUGGACGUGCGGGAUAUGGUAGAAAGGGAGAAAAAGGAGAAAAGGGACAAGAAGGCUUCCCAGGAGAUAGUGGACCAAAGGGGGAAGUUGGUGAUCCCGGCAGUCCAGGAGAAGUUGGUCCAAAGGGGUAUAAAGGAAGAAUGAGUCCUGCAGGACCCCCUGGGGAGCCAGGAUCUCCUGGAUCUCAAGGACAUCCAGGUCAGAAGGGUCCAAAAGGAGCAAAGGGAUGGACCUCCUUCUCAACCUGUGACAUCAUUCAGUUUGUUCGGGACCACAGCCGAAAGCCAGAAUGUCCUGUUCAUCCUACUGAAUUAGUAUUUGCUUUGGAUCUGUCCAGAGAGGUCACGGAGGAGGCAUUUGAACGCAUGAAGGAGAUGACUAUUUCAAUCGUGGAUGACCUCAAGAUCAGGGAAAACAACUGCCCGGUGGGAGCAAGAGUUGCUGUUGUCUCCUAUAACUCUAACACCCGGCAUCUCCUCCGUCUGUCCGACUCCCAUAGCAAAAGCCAGCUGCUCAGAGCGAUUAAAGCUCUCCGUUUUGAGACAUCCUCAGGGGACCGGGAGGUCGGCAAGACAAUGAGGUUUGUGGCCAGGAAUGUCUUCAAGAGAACCCUCCCAGGGGUCAACACGAGGAGGAUUGCCACAAUUUUCAGUGAUGGCCAGUCCACCGAUGCAUCAUCCAUUGUUACCGCUACCAUGGAGUUCAAUGCUCUGGACGUCAUUCCAGUCGUGAUUGCUUUUAACAAUGUACCUGCUGUCAAGCGUGCCUUUGCGAUUGAUGACACUGGAGCGUUUCAGGUGUUAACUAUCCCUCCGAGGGCUGACUACAAGCCAAUGUUGAAGAGACUCCAGCAGUGUACGUUCUGCUAUGACAGAUGCAAGCCUGAUGUUUCUUGUGAGCAGGCUAAACCACCAGCAGCGCCAUCUUACAUAGAUGCAGCCUUCCUCUUCCAAGGCUCCCGAGAUGUGGGGAGUGCCGAGUUUGAGGAUGUGAAAGUUUUCCUGAAAGCUCUGCUGGAUAACUUUGAGGUUGCCAUUGAACCGGAGACGUCUGCUGUUGGGGACAGAGUUGCCCUACUGAGCCAUGCUCCUCCAGGUUUCAUGCCCAAUACUCGUUCCAGCCCAGUUAGGAUGGAGUUCAAUUUCACCACCUACAAUGAUAAGCGCCUAAUGAAAAGACAUGUUGAAGAAUCAGUUCAACAGCUCAAUGGGGAAGCUUUCUUGGGUCAUGCCCUGCAAUGGACAGUGGACAAUAUCUUCUCAGGGACAUCCAACAUGAGAAAAAACAGAAUCAUUUUUGUGGUAUCUACUGGAGAAACAAGUUAUUUGGACAGGAAAGUCUUGAAGAAAGAAUCUCUGCGGGCCAAAUGUCAAGGCUAUGCCAUAUUUGUGUUUUCUUUUGGCUUAUCACACAAUGACGAGGAGCUGGAAGAAUUAGCCAGCCACCCCCUCGAUCACCACUUGGUCCAACUUGGCCGAAUUCACAAAGCAGACUACAGAUAUGGCGUGAAGUUUGUGAAAUCUUUUAUAAACUCAGUCAGGCGUGCAAUCAACAAAUAUCCACCAAUAAACUUCAAAGCAAAAUGCAGUAAACUCAACUCUCCAGAUCCAAAGCAGCCAUCAAGACCACAAUAUCCCCUUCUGGCUCGUUCUGGAUCCUUUGAAGCGAGGUUUCUAGCCAAAAAACCUCUCUCAAGAGUCGUCCAAGGUAGUGCUGUUCGGAACACCAAAAGGUUUAUCAGGAAUAAAUCCCAUCCCCUUAAAGAUGGAAGCAAGACGCCCACCUUUGUUCCCAAGACUCGUCUUUAAGAAGCUGCCAAGGGCAACAUCAGUCAGUGUUGGGAAACAGUGUGGAAAACCGUGUUUACAGGACCAAGUGGAGAAACACAAGUGCCUUCAUGUUUGCAAGGGGAUGCAUCGCCCGAGUUCCAUGAAUGGUUACCGAGUAACGCUGACCGUGGCAUCCUGCUGACCCGCCUCAUCUGUACACUUUAUGGUGGCAUUUAGGUCACUAGAAGCCAGACCAUUUCAAGAAUCGAAGACCAAAGUUUCCAAAUGCCACGAUAAAGUGGAAGAUUGAAGAAUCAAAGGUGCUGUUUUGAGGUCUUAUUUAAGUAUAUUGAAAAGUCUGGUGCCUACAGAUUAUAAAAUGGGAGCCGCGUACGGCGUAUAGGAUGUAUCUACGUGUGUUCGUGGCUGUGGUGUUGGUUUUUUACAAACUACACCCUCCAGUCUGAUUUAUAUAACCCAGCUUGCCUUCUCCACUUAAAACUAUCUAAUGCUCAAAAAUGCAUUUUGCUGUUGGUGGUGCUUUGGUGGUAGGUAUUUCCGAGUGCUGCUUGGCCAUCCACACCGUCUGACUUUUCCCUUUCGCACUCAGUACCAGUGGUCCUUGUCCAGCAGCAGCAGCAUUUUCUUUCUGAAGACUUUCUCAGAAAACCAACAAAUUUAAGUAGAAUUCUUUUUUUCCUGCCUUUUCACCUGGAUUCAUGUCAUUUAGUGACUCCAGAGAUGAGGAUGUGCUUCACCUUGGCCUUCCCUUUGGUUUAUUCCCAUUCAUCAACCCAAGUGCAUGUGGGCAGUCUCUCACAUGAGCCAGAUUUCCUCUCCACACCUCUUCCUUCCACCUGCAAGAAGCAGCCCCACCACACCACGAGUUCUGGCCCUCGUACUCAGGCAAAACUAUCGACCCAGCUUCUGCAGACUUCAGGGGCCCAAGAGAGCCCCAAGGAGUUUAUACAAUAGUCAUACUCAGGUGUUCCCGGGGAAAAGACAAAUUAUAUGCAGAGUAAACCGUACAUCUCUCUAGUAAUUACCGUUUAUUGGGUUGGUUGUUCCCCACUAUAGGUGGGGUUCCAGUUCAGAUUAUCAAAUGUGAGAAAAAUCUUAACAGAAUUCUUUUUUCAGACAAAUUCUGAUUAAAGUUUUUGUUAACUUAAGCAGAAAAGGGUUUUUUGGUUCUAGUUCCUCUAGUCUGUAUUUGUGCUUUGGUAAGUAAAAGGAUUUUUUUUUUAUUGAAGUUCCUUCUAAUACCUGCCAUUCUGAGUAUGAAUUCUUGUUGUAUCAGACUGUAGGUGUUCAAGAUAUGAAAUUGGCCUCGAGAACCUAAGGUGGAAGUUAACUAAAAAAAUAAACAACUGUCUACUUCA